AUGUGUGGACUUCGUUGUGCUUUUCUCCGUGAAAAGCUGACCGCGUUCCUCUUGCUCAUUCUCGUCUGCUGGACGAGAUGGAUUCUGAAGGACGACAGGUGCUGCUCCCCUCGAGCAGCUCUCGCCUCAUUUCUCUUGCCUCUCACUCCCACACAGCACUCGCGUCAUCGGCACGCGCACUGGUGGGUUCCUUUUCGAGCCGAUGACCUCGGCCUGUUGAGCCAGUCGACGGUAUUUUCGAUAGCCAGACGACCUGCGGAGUCGCGAAAAGUCGCUUCCUUUGUCUCGCCGUGCGCCAGGUUGGGUGCGGCAGGGCAGCUGACAGGACUCCACCCCGGCACGCAUCCACGAGGAUGCGACUCUGUUCAGUGCAGCGGCAAACGCACGGCGCCGCUUACCGUGUCCGUUUCAGACUGCGGGAGGAGGACAACUUGCAGUCCCGUCGCGUCCAGCGGCAUGCGCGGAGGUGACUGGCGUCUUUGUUGCUGCGACAACCGGAGGUCCGCGACAGGCGGAAAGACUGGCUCGGCUGCUGUUUGCUCGUCUUCGCCUUCCUCGUUGCGUCUCGCUUCUCACCCUGCCACUUCACCGUCUCCUGCGGUUUUGGUGUACCCGUUUAAAGAAAUUGAAGAGAAGUGGGCCAGAUACUAUUCUGAUAACCCUGGAGACUUCUCACCCCCCCUGCCGAGCAGAGCUGAAGAGGCGCAGCCGUCGCCGGCACCCCAAGCUGAGCCAGUCAGAGCCGAGACUUGCCCCGUCUCCUGCGUACUUCCAACAGACCAACGCGGCGGCCCUUCUCCUAGUGACAAAGAUUUGGCAUUCCGCGCAGAAGACAAGCGGAAGUUCUACAUCCUCUCCAUGAUUCCCUACCCUUCCGGCGCAGGCCUUCACGUUGGCCACAGCCUCACGUACACCGCGGCAGACGUUGUGGCGCGGUACCAGCGUUUGCGGCUGCGAGGGGAGCUCCUAAGGGCGAAGCAGAGGCGCGAGGAACCAACAGAAACCUUCGCUGAAGAAACAGACACUGGUACGCCCGGUCGCGGCGGUGUGACGCCGCCUGCGAAGGCGACUGGCUCGUGCACUCCGUCGGCCGGGAGCCAGUCAGAUGACGCGGCAGCGGAAGGAUCCCGUUCGAGUGUCGGGCGGAGUGGCGGGUUGCGAGAUGGAAGCUCAUCGACCAGGAGAGCGCAACGCUUUCCGCAGACGUCAGUUCCGCCGGCAGGCGGCGAGAGAAAGGACGAGUCAACAGUGGCUGAGGAGGCGGUUGCUUCGGGUCAAACGAGCGCGGACGGUGUACAGGUGCAGGAAACAGCGCCUGAGCCACAGUCAGGGGAAACAGGCGGGCCAGCUCUGCAGCCAGAUGUCUUGCACGUCAUGGGCUGGGAUUCGUUUGGCCUCCCCGCGGAGCAGCAUGCAGUGGCCUCUGGUAUAUCCCCGCGUGUCUCGGUUAAAAACAAUAUCGACCGAUUUCGAAAGCAGCUGCAACGGCUUGGCAUCUGCGCCGACUGGCGACGGGAAGUGAAUACCAGCAGCCCUUCGUUCUACAAAUGGACACAGUGGAUCUUCGUGCAGAUGAUGAAGCGAGGACUUGUAUACGAGAAGAUUGCAAACGUCAACUGGUGCGAAGCUCUAGGCACUGUGCUGGCCAAUGAAGAGGUGGUCGAUGGUUUCAGCGAACGCGGGGGGUUCCCCGUGAGCUCCCGCAAGCUGGCGCAGUGGCACCUUCGCAUCACGGCUUAUGCAGAGAAGCUCUUAGCCGGCCUGAAAAAGCUCGACUGGCCGUCCGAUGUCAAGCGCAUGCAGCGCAAUUGGAUCGGCCGCCGCGACGUCCUGGAGCUGGAUCUACCGGUCUUCGCGGCUCCUGACACAAGGGAAUCUUCCCGUGCGCUCCGCGGGCAAGCGCCAAUUCUAGAUAGCAUUCCAGCCGUCGGGGCCACCUCGCGUGUCGCUACAGAGUCCCUCCGGUGUGUGGCUCUCUCCCCCGAGCUCAUUUGUGGGUCUGCGUUUGUCUUAAUACAUAGUUGUCACCCCGAUGCCCGUUCGCUUGCCCGUACAGCGGCGGCAAGAGACUACGUUGAGGAAGCCAGUGUGAGGGCCGCAGUGUCUGACCAAGAAAAGGGAGAAGGGUCCAGCGAAGGUCACUUUUCGGGUUCGGCCGUGCAACACCCCCUUUUUCCGUCGAGGCGACUCCCCGUGUGGCUUAGUGACCGCCUGUUCACCCAGCUGCAGGGCUUCGGAAAUUUCUUCAAUGAGACAGACGCGCUACUGGUGUCACCUGACGGGGACUUCCGAGCAAGAGGAUUCGCUGAGGCAGCCGGAAUAGAUAUCAUCCGUAUUCUUGAAGUGCCUGGACCAACAGGAGGGAAUGCACCAUCACAGAGCGAACCAAAUGAAAUGGAGACAGCCGCGGCGGAGGCCACGGCGAGCGCGGGAAGCAACCAGACAGCUGUCCGCAGCGUGAGCAUGGCUACAUCGGAUCCCAACGGAGGCGGAGGGGAACAAACGGCCUGCAAAGACACUCUCACGAGUGGUCCUGCUCAGCGCUCGGAACCAGACUGUCAAAAAGACGACAACGACACGCGGCUGGUGGUACCAAAGUCACCAGAGACUGAGGAGACCCGCUUGAUGAACUCUGAAGUCGAGGGACUAUCCCUCAACGGAAAGAGCUUGGCAUGCGCCAGACAAGAAGUCCUGCGUUUCUUCACAGGAGGCCGGAUGCGAGGGUACCACAAAGUGAGGUAUGCCAUGCGAGAUUGGCUCUUUAGUAGGCAGCGUUGCUGGGGCGAACCAAUGCCCCUGGUUCGCUCCACGAAGAACGAUGGGCCACAGUCUGUCUUUCCGGUGGACGAAGCAGACUUGCCAGUUCUGCUGCCUGACGAACUUCCCCUCAAGGGACAGCGGGCCGAAUCGAAAGCGGAACCACGCGAGCGAACACACAGUUCUAACGCAGGCGCAAAUGAAACUAGAAAUUCGCUUCGCAACCAGCCUACGUCUCCGGUGCCCGCCGCGGAAGAUGAAGGAACCCCGGCAGCUACCUUGGCCCCGCUGUACGCCCUGCCUCAGUGGUGGAAUGCCACGCUCGCGCUGAGGGAAGUGGGCGGCAUGCAAAUGGCAAGUACUCUCAGAAAUGCUGGGGAGGACAAACCGGGACUAACGAAGCAUUCAGAAAGUGACCUGGAAGUUGAUCCCCUGCCGGCGCGUGCAUGCCAGAGAGAGACGUCCACCAUGCCUCAGUGGGCGGGAAGUUCGUGGUACUUCCUCCGUUUCCUUGACCCACAGAAUACUCGCGAGCCCUUUGCGCGGCGACUGGCCAACUUUUGGAUGCCCGUGGACAUGUACAUAGGCGGAAAGGAGCAUGCGGUUACGCAUCUGCUCUACGCAAGGUUUUGGCACAAAGUGCUGCAUGACCUUGGCUUGGUGGACUCCGACGAGCCAUUCCGUCGGCUGGUCACCCCGGGUAUCAUUCUUGGAACGCCCCAGUACUUUGUGUUUAAACGGCAAGACACUGGGGAUGCAGUCUCGUCGGAGACAGUUGAUUUGAUAGAGACCAAUACCGCCCGCGAGAAACGUUACCGUGGCGGCGUGCAAGUGCCGGGCAGCAGCCGCAUUGGGGUGGGCAGCGCAUUUCAGUCGCCUCCCCAUGCUCAAGACUCGCUGACGGAGAAGGCUGUGGGCAUUCACAGACCUUCUGGCCAGCAUGUCUAUGCCGCUGAAGUGCCGGCAAGCAGGGUGGCAGUGACACCGACGGGUGUUGCUGUCCUCAGGGAUAAUACGGAUGUGAAGCUGUGCCGUCGGCAUGAGAAGAUGUCAAAAUCGAGGGGAAACGUCGUGUCGCCUGACGACAUUAUUGACGUCCACGGAGCUGACGCACUGCGCCUUUACCUGUUGUUCAUGGGUCCGCUUGAAUCGCGAAAGAUAUGGAACACAUCGGGAGUCGUGGGGGCCGCGCGAUUCCUCAACCGUGUGUGGCACUUAUUUGUUCUGCCCGGUGGCGAGGGGUCUUUCGAGAAGGAGGGACCGCUUCGCGCGCCGUGUGCGACGCCUGCUACGGCGGGAUCAGUGAUGGGAGAGUAUCACACAGGCACGCCGAAGAAGCUAAAACUGCUCAAUGCGGCACCGUCUGCCUUCGAGCGCACGCUCCUGACACCAUUGAUUCGUCGUGUCACUACAGAUAUUGAGCGGAUGUCAAUGAAUACUGCUAUUGCAGCUCUUAUGGCCGCUGUUCGAAAACUGGCAGUGUGGACCGCGAGUGGGAAUACUGUGUCCGUACGUGCAGCUAUUGAUUUGAUCAGGCUGCUCCAUCCGUUUGCUCCUUUUAUAACGGAAGAACUGUGGCACAUGAUUUGUGCGACAUUUCCAGACGCAUGUGCGACCCCCUCCCGUUCAUCACUUCUCGCAUCAGCGAUAUGGCCUGUAAUCGGUCGCGAGGCGGGGCAUAUUUCUUCCCGAAGUGACGGUGCUGUCGAAGAUGAGACGGGGACGAAAUCGGUCGUGUUUUCGGUUCACGUUGACGGAAAGCUACAGGGCACUGUUCAUGUGCCUCCUACGGCAGCUGACGACGAGGAGAAAGUGACCGCGUUAGCAAGGCGUUUCCUCUCAGUGACAGGGUGGGGAGCGCGAAAGCCGGAGGCCGGUCGAUUCGCCAGGAUUGUGUUUAUACCAUCAAGACAUAUCAUAAACUUCGUAACUUAG